AUGUUGAAAAAAGCUUACCUGUUGAUAAAAUCGCUAACUUAUAUCGAAAUCUUUCUUUCACCUGUUGCCAUUUUGUCGGCUCAAAAUCUGGCGCUCAACAAGUCGACAGCGAGUAGUUCUGUUUAUAAGAAGGUGCCUGGUUUAGUCCCUGGCCCAAACUUACUGGUAGAUGGUAACGCCAACCCAACUCUUUCUAUGGGACACUGUUACCACGGUGGUGAUCCGGGUGGCGGUCCAAAUUGGGUAGUUGUGGAUCUCCAAGGUUCCUUCUACGUCGAUUAUGUUUACGUAUUUGCAAGAAAUGGCAAUGCCGACAGGCUGGAUUACUUUAUAGUCGGGUUAACUUCGAUAAAUUACCUGGCUCCUGCAUCGAACAUCCUCAGAGGCAGCUACGCAAUGUGUGGUCAGUACAAAUACAAAACGGUGGUCAGUGCCAGACACACGUUGAAAUGUAAUGCAAACCUCGUUCCAGCCUAUCGCUACGUCAUCUUUCAACAACCAGCUACCGGCCCUGGCCUCUUCACCAUCUGCGAGUUGGAAGUUUACGCUGUAACCAACUUAAAUGCUAAAAUUUGGAAGCGCUAUUACAACAAUCGUUUGAUCGGAAACAGCUUCAAAGUGAUCACAGUUAACGAUAGAAUGAGGUGCAUGAUAAAAUGCCUUCCAGGAGAAUGUUACUCAGUUAACUUUCGCCAGAAUAAAUCAACCUGUGAAUUGAACAAGCACGUGAAUGGUUACGCGUUGAGUAGCUUGAAUAUUAGUUUGGAAUGGGACUUUUACGAAGUUCAAUAUGCUUGA